CAUGUCGGUGUCGUGCGGGGUAGAGUGCGUGGUGUGCCUGGGCUGCUCCCGGUGGGCGUGGAAGCGGCUGACCUACGUGGGCUCCUACGACAGCGAGUCAUGGCCGCCGGCCACCGCCGACGAGUUCGAGCCGGUGCCCCGCAUGUGCCGCGCCAUCCUCGCCAUCUACGAGGACGACCUCGCCAACCCCCGCUUCGCACCCCCCGGCGGCUACCACAUGAACCCGGCCUGGGUCGCCAAGCUCGUCCACUACGACCAGACCCAGGGCUGCUGCCCCCCUUACCUCAUCUACGUUGACCACGACCACAAGGAGAUCGUCCUCGCCGUCCGUGGCCUCAACCUCGUCCGCGAGAGCGACUACAAGGUCCUCCUUGACAAUGGCCUCGGCCGCCAGAUGUUCGACGGUGGUUUCGUCCACCAUGGCCUCCUCCAGGCAGCCACUUGGCUUCUCAACCGCGAGGCCGAGACGUUGAAGAAUCUCUGGAUCGAGCAUGGGCCCGAGUACAAGCUGGUGUUUGCGGGGCACUCGCUCGGAUCCGGGGUCGUCUCGCUGAUGACCAUAAUUAUUGUGAAUCACAGGGAUCAGUUCGGCGGCAUCCCCAGGAGCCAGAUCCAGUGCUACGCCAUCGCCCCCGCCAGGUGCAUGUCGCUGAAUCUUGCCGUCAAGUAUGCAGAUGUCAUCCACUCUGUUGUGCUGCAGGAUGAUUUCUUGCCAAGAACUCCAACACCCUUGGAGUAUAUUUUUGGAUCUAUCUUUUGCUUGCCCUGCUUAUUAUUUUUAGUUUGCAUGAGAGAUACAUUUGUUCCAGAAAAGAGAAAGCUUAAUGAUCCAAGAAGGCUAUAUGCUGCUGGUCGAAUGUAUCAUAUUGUUGAGAGAAAAAUUUGCAGAUGUGGAAGAUAUCCUCCUGAGGUAAGGACUGCCAUUCCAGUAGAAGGAAGAUUUGAACAUAUUGUGCUAUCAUGUAAUACUACAUCUGACCAUGCAAUUCUUUGGAUAGAACGAGAAUCACAAAAGGCUUUUGAUAGAAUAAAAGAAAGUGCUGUGGCCACAGAUCCACCACUGCAGCAAAAAAUGGAGAGGAAGCUGAGUAUCGAACAAGAACACAAGGAUGCCUUGGAAAGAGCAGUGAGUUUGAAUGUACCACAUGCUGUGACAUCAACAGAACAACCCUGUGAUGACACCGACCCUUCACCUUCAGAAAAUCAAGGUGAAGCAACCUCCCACCGUAGCUCAAAAUCCAGCAGAACUAAGUGGGAUGAAUUGGUGGAGAAGCUCUUCAUUAAGAAUGCUUCUGGGAACCUUGUUCUGAAGAGAGACAUCAAUGUCAACGACUAACAUUAGGAUUCUUUUCUCUUUUCUAGUUGGCAAUUAUAGGAAUUUGUCUUGUUUCUGUACAUUACAGUUGUGUGCUAUGUAAUUCUUUCUUCCCUGGCUGAAAAAAAUUGUCCUUCAAUGUUGUGAUUGGUCCAUUACCUGGAUUGUGCUUGGUUUUGCAAGCUGAAGAGGCAGUGAUGUUCAAAAUGAGUCUAUAGGCUGGUCUCAUGCAGCUCCUGUUGUAUUUUGUUUUUGUGAGUGAAGCAGUCUGAGCAUGCAAAAAGGGAUUGAAUUUUUCACCCCGAUUUUUUGUAAGUUAUGAAUGAUCAUUUGGUUCUUGUAUAAUCAAGAAGCUUACAGAUAACUGAAUUAAUAUUGUUUCCCCAAA